AUGCAGAGCCAAAAGAAAGAGCUGUCGGACGGCGAGCAAUCGUAUGUUGUUGUGCUAAACCUUCAACCCCCUCACGAACCCCCUCACCAUCCCAACCACGAACCCCCAGAGGUGCAGCUUGUGAACAGAGACAAAGACAGAGAGCUACAGUAUGUGAAGAAUUACAAACCCAAAAAAGACGAUGUCCAGCAUCUGAGAGUCCUGGUUCAUGGUCCAGUUGGAGCUGGAAAAUCCAGUUUCAUCGACUCUGUCGACAGUGUCCUACGAGGAAGAAUCGCAGGCAGAGCUUUGGCCGAGGCAGAAGUCACUACAAGUUUCACCAAGCAGUACAAAACCUACAAAAUCCCAAAAGGACAGCCUGGAGAAUUUUACCCUUUUGUCUUCAGUGACACUAUGGGUCUUGAGAUGAAGGGGGACAGAGGAGUCCAUGCAGAAGACAUCAAACUUGCCUUGAAGGGACGUGUGAAAGACGGUUACAGGUUCAAUCCUGCAUCUAAACUGUCAGAUGACAGUAAGUAUUACAAUGCAGAACCAACUAAGAAUGACAAAGUUCAUGUUCUGGUGUGUGUUGUACCUGCUGACAACAUACUUCUACUGACUAAAGACGAUAUGAGGAAGAUAAAGGACAUCAGAGAGACGGCCAGUGAGCUGGGAAUUCCCCAGCUGGCUGUCCUCACCAGAAUUGAUUUAGCCUGCCAAGAGAUCCAGAAAGAUCUGAAGAAUGUCUAUAAGAGCAAGAACCUGAAGAAGACAAUGGAGCAGUUCAGUCAGUUGGCUGGAAUUCCAAUGAACUGCAUCUUUCCUGUGAAGAACUACGAUGAAGAAAUCAACAUAAAGGAUGAUGUUGAUUCUCUGAUUCUGAGCGUCCUGAGACGGAUCAUCAGCUCUGGAGAAGACUUCAUCAACGACAUGGAAACCAAAGGCACUUUCAUUUGGCUUUCAGAGAUGUGCGUGGUAUUGUAG